UACCAGCCUCAGUGCUCCUCCUGUCUCUGCCUCCUCCUCCAGCUCGUCUCUCUGAGCAGAGCAGACUGGAUGACUGGAUGGUGUCAGGUGAUUGCUGCUAGCUAAAGUACUAACAACGCUGCAGAGCUGAAAGUGAGGCAGCGAUGGACCGACCAGGUUUUGGUGGGGCUCCAUCAUCCAUGAGCUUCUCCACAGGGACAGCAGAAAAUGGAUGGUUAGACUCAGAUCUAACAGAGGAGGACGUACAAAAUCUACAGAUUGAACUUGCAAAGAUAGAGGAUGAAAUUCAGAGCUUGCGGGAGGUGCUUUUGGUCAGAGAAAAAUAUGCAGCAGACAUCAGGAGGCAGCUGGGUAUGAGCCCGCUCAGUAACAUCAAACAGAACCUGUCCAAAAGCUGGCAAGGCGUCCAGACCUCAGCCCCAUAUCUCACAGCCUCUGCCACUUUGGACGACAUCAGCCACUCCAACAUAUAUAUGAGGACACGGGAGAGUCUCUCUCAUGCAGGCCAGGUGACAUCGUCUGCACUGUCCCAGAUGGGCGUGACCAUCACCAGGAGACUGGCAGACAUGAGAGCUCUGCCUCUUCCAGGCCCACCACGCGCCCUGGGCCACACCAUGAGUGUGCCGACUAUGAGACAUUCCUCUACAUUCAAAUCUUUUGAGGAAAUGGUCGGAAAUGUGAAGGACAAGGUGAGUGGCGGUCUGACAAAUAACGGAGACACUUCUGGGUUUGAGAGAAGAUCCUCACGCACAUGAAAUGGAUCCUUUGAACAUAUAACAAAUAAUUAUUUUUCAUACCUUGAAAAGUUAUGAAAUAAUGUUAUUUUGCUCCUUUUUCUGUGUACAUUUGUCCACAGUUAUUUAUUGUAUUAAUAAAACAUGACUAAUAGAAUGUAUUACAUUUGCAAUGGAAAAUUAUUUUAAACUUCAAUGUGAAAAUAGUCUUUUAAUAUGUGAAUAUGUUAUUCUUCUGCAUGUUGCAUAAAUGUAAUUUAUGAGUUAUCUAUUUUGACAUGUGAGUGCUGUAAACCCAUCUUCUUCUUUCUAUUCAUUGACAUUAAUUGUGGCAUUUACAAAAUAGAAUAUGACAAACAAAAAGUAUUUUUGUACUUUAAGAUUUUUCAAUUAAAGUCAAUUGAAUGGUG